UUCCGUGAGACUCAGGAAUUUCAUCGUAGGAAAGAUUAAAUCAAUUUAUGAAGUAUAUAAGAAAGAGAGAAAUGAAAAGAGCAUGCGAUGGUCUACUUACUCUGACUAGCGUCUUCCCGCCAUGAGGAUUCUUCGAGGCUCGGCUGUGCUACUCGCACGGAAGCUCGGUCAGUGUCUCGGCCACCCUCGUGCCGUGCAGUUAGCGAGGGAGGAGACGAUCGUCGCUGGCAUCCCCUCUGGUUCUCUACCUAUCCCUUCCUCCUCCUCAUCCUCCUUCUCUUCCUCCUCCUCCUCCUCCUCCUCCUCUUUUUCUUCUUCCUACCUCCUCUACCGUCUCUUUCCUAUCCCUCCUCUCUCUUUUACUCACUCACACUCUCGCUCACUCGCUCACUCUCUAUCUCUAUUUCUCUCUCUAUCUAUCUCUCUUUCUCUCUCUCUCUCUCUCUCUCUCUCUCUCUCUCUCUGUCUUUCUCUCUGACUCUCUGUCUCACUCGACUUAAUGCCAGUACGAGCGCGCGCUUUCGAACGACGCGUUUCACAGGCAGCAGCCGCGAGGGACGAUCAGUCUGUUCUCCACGUUCUCCACGCAAGGACGAUCCGCCGGCGAUUGAUUAUAUUCGGUCAGUUUUGAACGAACAACAUCGACAACAUUAUUCUCUCGUUGUCUCAAGUCUCUCGCGCUUAAUCGAACUUUGACCGACGAACGGGCCCGACCUACGAGAUUUCUCGCGUGACUUAUCGUUCACUCUGUCAUUCUUUCCUUCUCAUUUUAUUUUUAUUAUUCCUUUUUCCUCUUUCUUUUCUUUUUUUCUUUUAUCCUUUUUCUUUUUCUCUUUCUCUCUCUCUCUCUCUCUCUCUCUCUCUCUCUCUCUCUCUAUGAUUUGAUUUUGUUCCACUAAAAGUGAUAUUGCGAGUCCGAUAGAUAAAAAAAAGGAAGAAAGUAGUAUAAGUGAUCGAUAAAAAAGAUAUUAUUUUUGAUGAAAAAUGUAUCGAUAUUUGAUUUUCCAUUGGUGGAUCUGAAAACAAUCGGGGAAAAUUAGUUUAACGGAAACGUGGCCGAUGGUUUUGAAUUCGACCACUUUUCCCGCCACUGCCAAGAGAAAGAGAGACAGAGAGAAAGAGAGAGUGAGAGAGAGGGAGAGAAAAGAUAAGCGAAAGAUUGGAACGUGGUUGAACCGUCAAUGUGAACAGAAAGAAUCGAGGAAAUAUAUAAUAAAAGAAAAAUAGAAAAUAAAGGAAGCGUUAUUAUAAGACAAAGAAGGAAGAAAGAAAGUGUAAGAAAGAGAGUGAGAGAGAGAGAGAAAGAGAGAGAGAGAGAGAGAGAGAGAGAGGAAGAGAAGGAUAAAAAAAGAACGAGAAGAAAACAACGGCAAAUGAAUUUAUUCGAACGGUAGUACGAUCGGUCUGUGAUGACCGAAUCGUCGAUCGAAUUCCUCGUUUUCGUCUCGUUAUUUCGAUCGAUCAACACGAGAUGAGACUACCGAUGGAGAUCAUCCUGUCGAUCUUAUGCCUAACGGCAGUAUGCCUCGUCGACAGUCGGGCUGUCGAUAAGGAUUCAUACGAAUUCGAGGAAACGAAACACCAUCGACAUCAUCGUCAUAAGAGAUUCACCAUCGACGAGCUUACAAACACGAGAUUUUCUCAUGCGAUUACCGGUGACCUGGACAUCGAUGUCUGCAAGGCAGGUGGAUUUCUUGGUGAUAUAGCACUGCCCAACAUCAAGUACGAAACAGAAUGGCGACAGCAAAAGUUGAAUAAGUCGUACCUUGAGGAAUUAGAAAAAUACAGAGAGGAGGUAUUAAAGGAAGGUCUUCAAGUCGAAGAGGAAGGUCUUACCGAGAUAUUACAGUUCAAAAAUGAGCACGACAUGAACAAUGAGGCUCAUCGUGAGGAAGAAGAGAGCGUAGUCUCUCAAGGGAAACCUGAACCGAUCAUGGUGGAUCGCAAUCAGUACAGCAUGGGCGGCGAAUUCGAGGAUGGAUUUAUCUUCAACGUUAGAAACGUUGAUACUAAUCCUGAAAUAAAGGAGGAGGGCAUUGAAAUCAGAUUAGAAUCGACGACACUUCCGGCGAAAAAGAGACACUUGGCUCAUCGACAGAAUUAUUUGACGAUAACCGAAACUUCAAAUAUUAGAGAAGGUAGGAUCAAGCAAACGACACCGAAAAUACUCGAUGACAUAGAUUUUUCAAUCGGUUCGACAACGGCAAAGACUAGAAAUGCUCAAGAAGAUAACAUCGAAGAAAUAGGAGGUUAUACGUCUACGAUUAGGCCGGAAACAACGACGCAAGAUAGAUCGAAACAACGUCAUCGUCGUCAUCAUCGUAGAAGAGGCUCUCGACGGCGAAAUCACCGAAGGAAAAUUGUCCCUUUGCCCCGGGACACGGCGAAUGAUGUCUCGGACGAGGUCGUCUCGCUUCACGAUAGGCGACUACGGUCCAUUGAGUUUUACGACAUGGACCACAAACCGAAAUAUCUUGCGAACAACGAGCGAGGUACAGAAUCACUAGUCCACAAUUUUCCAACGAGAAAUCGAAGAGCCGCAACUGCAAGAAAGGAACGUGUCUGGGAUCAUGGUGUUAUACCUUAUGAGAUCGAUGGUAACUUUUCCGGAGCUCACAAGGCACUUUUCAAGCAAGCCAUGAGACAUUGGGAAAACUUUACUUGCGUCAAGUUCGUCGAGAGAGUACCAAGAGAACAUCCUAAUUAUAUUCUCUUCACGGAAAGACCCUGUGGAUGCUGUUCCUUCGUCGGGAAAAGAGGUAACGGACCGCAAGCAAUCAGUAUCGGAAAAAACUGUGACAAGUUUGGUAUAGUCGUUCAUGAACUGGGCCACGUCGUUGGCUUCUGGCACGAACACACCAGACCGGAUCGAGAUCGACACGUACAAAUCAUUCGCGACAACAUCAUGAGUGGUCAGGAAUAUAAUUUUAAUAAAUUGACGGAUGAAGAAGUGAACUCGUUGGGUCUGCCAUACGAUUACGAUUCUAUCAUGCAUUACGCUAAGAAUACAUUCUCCAAGGGCAUUUAUUUGGACACGAUUUUACCUAUAGAGAAUCACGGAAAGAAACGGCCUGAGAUCGGCCAAAGGAUACGGCUAAGCGAGGGUGAUAUCGCUCAAACGAAUCUUCUUUACAAAUGUUACAAAUGUGGUAGAACUUUUCAAGAAAAUAGCGGUAGCUUUGGUUCACCAACUCACCCUAACAGUUCUCCAGCGAUUGAUGGAGAACGAUGCGAGUGGAGGAUCACUGCUACCCAUGGAGAAAGAAUUGUCCUGAAUAUAACGUCCUUGGAUAUCUUCAAAAGCGAUUAUUGCCGUAGCGAUUAUCUCGAAAUUCGUGAUGGAUAUUGGUACAAAAGUCAUGUACUCGGUCGUUUUUGCGGGAGUGGCAAGAUCCAUGAGCCAGUGGUAUCUACCGGAAGUCGUAUGCUCGUAACUUAUGUUACUUCUGAACGUCAAAGCGGGCAUCGUGGUUUUACGGCGAGUUACGAAGCAGUAUGCGGUGGUGAUGUCGAAUUGGAUGGCGUUGGUCAUUUGGAGUCACCUAAUUAUCCUGAAGAGUAUCAGUCAAGUAAAGAAUGCGUUUGGAAACUCUCCGUACCGCAGGAUUAUCAGGUCGCUUUGAAAUUUCAAUCGUUCGAGAUUGAAAAUCACGACAAUUGCGUCUAUGACUAUGUCGAAAUACGCGAUGGUCACAAUGCUGAUUCCCCUUUGAUCGGAGUCUAUUGUGGCUAUAAGAUACCACCUGACAUCAAAUCUACCGGGAAUAAAUUGCUUGUUAAAUUUGUUAGCGAUGGAUCCGUACAAAAAGCUGGAUUCUCGGCAACUUUCAUGAAAGAAUUCGAUGAGUGUGAGUUGACCAAUCAUGGAUGCGAACAUGACUGUAUAAAUACUCUUGGUGGAUUCGAGUGCUCUUGUAAAAUCGGAUACGAAUUGCAUUCUGAUGGGAAACAUUGUGAAGAUGCAUGCGGUGGUAUUUUCGACGAUAGCAAUGGCACAAUUACCAGUCCCUCUUUCCCAGAAACUUAUCCAGGAAACAAAAAUUGUAUUUGGGAGAUUAUAGCACCACCACAAUAUCGUAUCACUUUGAAUUUCACACAUUUCGAUCUCGAAGGCAAUAAUGCCUAUCAGCAAGAAUGCGAAUAUGAUUCUCUCGAAAUAGCUAGCAAACUCGGUGACGAUAUUCUCAGAAAGCAUGGAAUUUUCUGUGGUGUUAGGUUACCACCAAUGAUCACAUCGGAAGGCAACUCCAUGAGGAUCGUAUUCACGUCAGAUAACAGUGUGCAGAAGACAGGCUUCGCCGCAGUCUUUUUCACCGACAUGGAUGAAUGCGCGAAUAACAAUGGUGGUUGUCAGCACGAAUGUAAGAAUACGAUAGGCUCCUAUCAGUGUUCCUGCCACAAUGGCUUUACACUUCAUGAAAAUGGCCACGAUUGUAAAGAGGGUGGCUGCAAGUACGAGAUUACGGCGCCCGUAGGCACCAUUACGUCGCCCAAUUUUCCUGAGUAUUAUCCUGGCCGGAAGGACUGUGUUUGGCACUUCACUACCAAGCCGGGACAUCGUAUCAAACUGGUAUUCAAAGUAUUUGAGAUGGAGUCCCAUCAAGAAUGUGCUUACGAUCACAUCGCCAUUUACGAUGGGGAUUCACCAGAAAGUCACACAUUAGGCCGCUUCUGCGGUACUAAGGAGCCUCAUCCAAUUUCAGCAACCGGUAAUCAGAUGUACAUGAUCUUUAAGAGUGAUGCUUCCGUCCAAAGAAAAGGUUUCCAAGCAAUACACAGUACUGCCUGCGGAGGAUAUCUAAUGGCAACGGAUAAGGUAAAACAUCUGUACUCGCACGUCAGAUACGGAUAUAGUAAUUACGAUCACGGGACUGAUUGUGACUGGACUAUCGAAGCACCUAUCGGCAAGAAUGUUCACCUGUCUUUCUUCUCCUUCCAAUUGGAGUAUCAAAGUGAAUGUGGUUACGAUUUCGUUGAGAUAUUCUCCGGUUUGGAUGCAUCCAAUCCAUCCUUUGGUCGACUCUGUGGCAACUUGAACAAAACUGAUUACGUAUCGACGAGCGAGGCACUUCUCGUACGAUUCCGAACGGACGACACGAUAUCGUUCAAAGGCUUUGUAGCUAUUUUCGUUGCGGUAGAUCGGCAAGAUAGCGAUGAGAGUCAGGGUGGUGAGGACGAUGAGGAUAAUGAAAAUCUCUGAUCCGUCGCCGGCCUCGCCAAUCGAUUGGGUUAUGGCUUUUGAAAAGUAUUGCCUAUAAACCCUGCGAUCGAUCCUACCAAACGAAUCAUUGAAUCGUUUGCUCGUUGGAUCUCGUUCGAUCGUCGAGGUCUAGACACCGGGAGACACUCUCUCUUUCUAUUCUUAUUAUUUGUUUGGUUUUUUUUUUUUUUUUUUUUUAUAUAUCUUCCUUUCGACGAUUUUUUUACAUAGAUAAAACACAACGUGUUCCCUCGCUAAAGUCAAACCUUACUCCGUUUAGAAACUUAGGUAUUCUUUUGCGAGGGUGAUAAACUUAAUCGAAUGUGUCCCAGUAUUUGGUUACUCGAAAGUCGAUAAAAAGGAUAUCGAUAUUAUCAACUCGAUCAGUAAAAACGAUCUUUAGAGUAAUCCAAACGCAUAUCGCCUGCCAAAAGUUUCGAUCUUGUCCUAAGAAAAUAUUCAAAUCGUCCAAAAUAAUGCGUGUGUGUGUAUAUAGAAUAUUACAUACGGCAAUUUUUCUCUUUCUUUCCUUUUUUUUUCUCUCUCUCUUUUUUUUUUUUUUUUUUGUUUUUUCUUUUUCUCUUUUUCUUCGACAAAUUAUUCCAACGAGAUUUAUGGCUCUCAUAUUAUUAUACAUAUUUAAUAGACACAUAUCGAGUACUAUCUUAAAAACUUAUGAUUGUAAUAAGAAAAAAAAAAAAAAAAAAAAAAGAAAAAAAAAAAGAAGAAAAAAAAAAGAAAUGAAAAGGAAAGAAAAUGUCGAAUGAUAGAAAUAGAAAAAGUUGUUUAAAUAUUUCGAUAAUCGAACUUACGAAUAUCAGAACGUUCAAUCUGAAAGUUUGAAUACGAAAAACAACGGAAAGAUGUAAAGUAACGAAUGGCCAAACUGCCAUUGAUUAUACUUAACUUAUAUUGUCAUUGACUAGUGUUCGCGCGAUGCCUUUUCGCGAUGAAACGAUAUAAUUCUCCUUAAUAUAUAUAUAUAUAUAUAUAUAUAUAUAUAUAUAUAUAUAUAUGUGUCCUUCAAUUUCGGCCUAUUAUACGGCCGAUCAACGUGCCAUGUAUAUUUAAUUAUAAAUCACGUUACUCUGAAUAUUAACUAAUUCCUUGUCCCAAAGUAUACAAAGUCCUUUACGAGUCCAGGAUUUGGAGAACAAUUUUCGAAGAUGACGAUAAUCCUUAAACGAUCUUCGAAAUAAUUUUCGACUGUUUCCCUCUGUCUAUCUUUCUCUCGAUAACUUUUCACCACUGCCUCGAGAUCGUGACAACAAUCGAUUCGAGAUAUCCUUUGGUAUACGACGACUCGACGAACAUGACUGCCAAAAGUAAUUCGUUUCUUUCUCCUUCUUUUCUUUUUUAUUUUUUUAAAUAAAUUUUAAAAGGCUAAAAGGCACGCAUUUCGAAGGUAUUGGAUUCCUUUUUUUUUUUUUUUUUUUUUUUUUUUUGACACCUCCGUCGUAUACCAAAGGACUAAAUAUAAUAAUUUUAUUCUGUACAAUAUAGAUGUCAUUUUAUGGAAAUAAUUCACGUACGAAUCGUCGUAAAAAGGAAAAAGAAAAGAAAAGAAAAAAAAAAAAAAGAAAAAUUGCGAUUGAUUAUUAACGACUAACGAUGAAAAAUUUUUAAUCGGUCAUCGUAUGUUAUAUUAUAUGUAUCCUUAAAAAUACGCUGAACGUUCGUUGUAAAUAAUAAUGUUUAAUCUUAGAAACACGUCGCGACGUUUUAUAGAUGGUUUUUAGAUUCUCAAUAUUCUUAUCCCGUUACGGACAGCCAAGGAAAUAAAUUUAUCUUAAUUAACGUUAGAACAAAAGAAUAACAGUGUUACAACGGCGAUAAAAGAUAAAAAAAAAAAAAAACAAAACAAAAAAAAAGAACAAAAAAAUAAAAAACAAAUAACAAGCACAUAACAUUAAGCCUACGUACA